UGAAAUGUCUGAAGCAAACCUACCAAGUUAUACAGCACUGUUCCGAUGCUGAGAUGGGCAGAGAAAGAGGAAGAAAGUGUAAAACGAUAGUUGUGUGUCUGGACUGAUGUUAAAACCGCACGAAACCAAUGCAUGAAAAAGCCAGGCCCAUGCACAGUCUGGACAAGCUGGAGGCACUGCACAAAGAAAAGAGUUUGGAUUCCCCAAAUGGCAACCUGCACUUGAGUGAUGCCGUAAAGGACGAGGAGCUCAAGAAAUGUCACAGAGAAGUGGUGGUGGCUCCAAAUAAAUACAACUCUCAGUAUCACAAGUUAUUUAAGGACAUCCCCACAGAAGAAAGUGUGCUGAAAGUAUGCUCCUGCGCCCUUCAGAGAGACAUUCUUAUCCAAGGCCGGCUGUAUAUUUCCCCCAACUGGCUCUGUUUCUAUGCAAACCUUUUUGGGAAAGAUAUCAAGGUUGUUAUUCCCGUUGUCUCUGUCCAGCUGAUAAAAAAGCACAAAACAGCCCGGCUGUUACCCAACGGACUGGCUAUUACCACCAAUGCCAGCAGAAAAUAUAUCUUCGUUUCCCUGAUCUCUAGAGAUAGUGUGUACGAUGUUCUGCGAAGAGUCUGCACGCAUCUGCAGGUGUCCAGCAAAAAGAGCCUGAGUUUGAAAGAACUGACUGAAGAGCCAGAUGCAGUGGCACUGGAGGUCAUUGUCCCAGAAGUGAAAUGGAGGAAAGGGUCCUCAGCAUCACUGUCGCUGGCCCUUCCAGAUGCUGGAUUCCAGUGCAUCCACAGGGCUUCAAUCAGCAGCCUCAGCACAAAAGAGAGCUCUUGUAACUCUGAAGAGCCUCUAGUAUCAGAAAGUGGAAUAAACACUGAGGAAGAGUUGGAAGAGGAGCCCAGCUACAAAGCAGAAUUGAGACCAUCUGAUUAUAAUCUACUGAAAAUCUUCAUUGUGUUAAUUUGCCUCCUGGUGGUGUCUUCCUCAUACUUGGCUUUCCGCAUCUUCCGCUUGGAGCAGCAACUCUGCUCAUUGAAUCGCGACUAUCUCUCGCGGGUACCCCAGAGGUGACUGUGGCCUCAAGAGGGAUGAUACCAGAGAAAGAAAGAGAGAACUGCACCUUAAAUGCAAAUCCUUUCCAUGUCCAAGUGGUUAACAUGGCUGCAAUGAAGACAAGGCAAAAGGAUCCUUUGUUCUGACACUUGCGUUACCCCUGGACCAAAGCUCUUCAUUUCCAGCACUAAAAGGUAGAAGUGCUUCCUUGCCACAGCCCCUUUGAAGCGGUUAAACACAUUACCCAGACUUGGCAGCCCCUUUUGGUGGUGUUCAUCAUUGCUGGCCACUACGAAGGCCACACUCAGGCUUUAUUUGUCUGGGGAUGGUAGCUCCAACUAUAUCCUCAAUCCCUGAGGGCAUUGGAUAACCUUUUCUCUUAGAGCACCAAGAAAAUUGGGAAUUACAUUAUAGGGCUAAUUCUGAGCUGCUCCUCUGUGUUUUGGGACUGCAAUCUCUUUCUGGGGCUUUGCUUCAGAAAGAGUGAUUGUUACUAUCUGCAGACAAUACUGUGGCUGGCCUCUUGUUAUAUCCAAAUGGAUAUAAGCAGGUUGCAGAGAAGCAGCUGUAUUUUCUUCUAAGAUUUACUCUGUUCAACCUUCCACCAGUUUUCACUGCCUGCAUUCCCUUAGCGGGGAACUGAACAGCCCCAGAAGAUAUUUGGAAUUUUGCUUCAGUGAAAAAUGCCAAUAAAGAAGGGCAACUACUAAGGAAUACUGUCCAAAGGAUGUGAUACCAGCUUUGACCUGUCUCUUCCUCACCUCCAUGCACAGCAGUGUAACAAAAUAAUCUUCAUUAGGACUAGUCUUCUUGAGUGAACGGGAUUCCAGUUACCCAAUAAAUGCCACGAAAUACUUGCCUGCAAAAUGCCAAUAGUAGUUGUAGUGAUGUUCUGUGUAGGGGAACCCUGUGAGUUACCAGGCAGGCCCUGAGCUCUUUUGGACUGAGACUGAUGGAAGGCACCCUUCCCAAGACCAAGAUGGCAAAACCGUCAUGGGAGUGGCUGCCCCUCUGCAGGAGAGGAGAAAAUGAAGAGAUGUGACUCAAUGAGUGUAUGUAGCCUUUGUUGCACUUUACUGAGGUCUUACCAGGGUGCCAUGGAGAGAAGGUUGGUAGCUUGACACUGGCAUGAGAAAACAUACAUCAGCGGAAUUGCCAGGCCAGAAGAUGUGGCAGUUCUUCUGAGUUUGAAGAUGAUGCAGGUGAAAACAAGUAUGCCAAGACUUAAGACUUGAACUUAUCUCCUCCUUCCCUCACCCUGUUGGCACAACAUGGAGAGAUGAUUUAAACAGACUUUGCUUGAACUGGCUCCUCAGCCAUGAAAGACUGGUGCAGCUUGUACUGAUGGCUAGCAGUGGGUUUGUGGAUGAGGGCAGGAGAAAGGUUGCUUUGAGUCCUGCUUCUCCAGAGUGCUCCUGCCCUGAUCAGGUGCAAAGGGCCCAAGGCAAAAGCAUUCCUCAGGGAAAUGAAUCUGUUAAAGGAAAGAGAGGCUGCUUCCAGACACAGGCUCUUAGUGCUAGUACAAAGAACAAACUGAUGCAGCUAUGUAAUCUUUUUAUUUUUCUUUAAUAGAUUUUUUCUCUCCUAGUGACAAAAACAUAAAAAACAGAAGCCGCAGAAGCGGAAUUGGUGGUAGUGUUGGGACUCCUUUGUGCAUGAGGUGGUGCAGUUGCACAAAGUGCCACCUGGAAGCACAUAGAGAGCAGAUGGGAGUAAUGCAGGAGAGCCAUGUUGAAGAAAUAGUUGCAUGUGCAAGGAAAUACCUCUAGGGGAAUUAAGAUGCGGGAGUGAAUAAGUGAUUGAACCUUUAGUAUAGAGCCUGGAAAUGUCCCUCUCUUUUUGGCCCACAAAAAGCUUUUUUAAGGACUACAAAUCCCAGAAUCCUCAUAGUUCCUUUUUUUAAGUCGCUUUUCCAAGAUCUGCUCUCUUGUAAAGCAUAUACAGUCUUUCUUGUCUUUCAGUCUGGGGAAGACCCCUUUCAGGAGGAAGAAAAUCUGUAUGUAGGGCAUGAAAAGGGCUUCUGGGAUCCUUUUGGCAUGAGAGUGGUGUUUUUAAAUGCCCCGCUUUCAGGGUUUUCAUGCAUUGCUGGUUUCUGGGGCAACUUUGCCAUGUGUUAGGGUGCAGCAGGCUACUUUGGCAGUAGGGUUUAAGGUGGGGUGGGGAAAGGACCACCUGUGGGCCAUAUGUAGACCCUCAAGCUUCACUUUUUCAGCACUUAAAGCCUCUUUGGAAACUUUCCAAAACUCCUUGAAAACACUUCCUCCUCCCAAAAAUAGUUUAAAAACAAAACAAAAACUCUGAGUCAUUUUAUUUUUGCCUAGAAAUGGCCCCAAAUGGCUAAAACACCCCCUGCAAACAUAGCAAUUUGAAUUGCCUCCCCCAAAGCCCUAGAAUCUAAACCCUAGAAUAAUGAAAAACAACAAAAAAUUAGGCUAGUAGUGCCAUAUUAUGCCAUUUCAUGGUGGACACGGAAAAGUGAUGGAAAGGCCAUGCAGCAACAGUAAGCAGCAGCAACAGCAGCAGCAACAACACCAAAAUACACCUCACGCAGUUGCCCACUUUUUGCUUAAGAGGCAGUUGAAAGGAGGAAUUGAUUCUGAGUGGGACUUGGCAUAUUGACCUUAGCCUUUCUAAGGUGGGUUGGAGCUGAUGAUUUUUUUCCUGCUUCAGGCAGCAAAACGUUUUGGGCAGUAUUGUUUGGGCUUUUGUUUCUUGGUUCUCCUCCUUGUCUGAUGGGAACCGAGAGGGGACUCUGGAACUCAACCAGGUGUGGCCCAGUACCUGCACAUCGAAGAGGAAGAGCAGCUGCGGUAGGAGACUGUUGCCCCAUGAUGUUUUCUCCCUCCCUACCUGGUUUUCUCAUGGAGGUAUCCCAGGGCCCUCCAGCAGAUUAUUUGAUUAGAAAAACACAGUCUUGUAGGCAGGGAUACCAAAAGUGGAACGUGCUACAUUUGGGGGUGGGUCACUGAUGUAGGCAAGGGUGUCCAGCUUUGAUGAGCUUGUCUGGAAGGAGCAUCACUUUCUUCAGCAUAAGCUUCUGUUUGUUUGGUGGCUGGUUCUGGAAGCUGUCAUGUACAUUUCCCACAAUCCUCCAUAACGACAUGCCAAGGGCACUGGGGUGAAGUAAAAGAUCUAGUUCUUGGAUGUAGCCACCUAAGGCCAACUAGAGCACCUGUAGAUGUUGGCAGUGUCCCAGUGGUUGCCCAAGAGUAGUACAUCUGACCCUAGGGCUUCUUGAAUAAGCAGAGAUUCAGGCCAACCAUUUUACAGCAGGGGUGGGAAAUGUGUGUCCCCCUAGAUGUUGUGGAACUGUAACUCCCAUGAGAUCUAGUCAAUAAUAGCCAGGAGAGAGGCAUGGUAGAAGUUGGAGUCCAGCAACAUCCAGAGGGACACCUAUUCCCCAUUCCUGCUUUGCAUUCUCACUUUUAGCCAGUGUUACUGGGAUGAUGAGAUUUACAGUCCAACAGGAUCUAGAGGGCUUGUUUAUGGCACUUAGGUGAGUGUCCUUCAAAUGAAACAUGCUAUUUGCAUUCUCUUCUGUUCUCCUCUUCCCAACCCUGGUGCCAGAAGUUCACCAGCUGCUGGUCAGCUGGUUGAUUUCUUUCUUAGCAAUAAUGUCUCAGGUGUUUAAUGUCUUGUUUGCAAUCCAUUCCUCCCACAUUGUGGAGAGGCAAAUGUAAUAUUUGUGCUGAUUUGUUUUUAAAUUUUGGAAAGAGCUGCUAAGACAAAGUCCUUUUGUUUACUUGUGAAUUGUCUUGGCUACAAGUCACAGGGGCCUCUGACAGUAACUACUGCAAGAAACAGGCUGAACCUGGGAAAAAUUGCUUUCUCUUGGACUUCAACUCCUGCAGCUCCCAAACUAACAUGGCUACUGGGAGUUGCAGUUCCCCAAAGUAACUUUUCUACGUUCUGGGGAAAGGCUCAGAAAACCAAGCUGAUGGAGUGGGGAAGAUGGCAAGCAGGUCCGGAAAGUGAUCUGUAGCAAGGUGGUUCUUUGCAGCAUUUUCUAUCACUUCACACAAAUUAGUGCUUGAGUAUUAUGACCCAUGAGACAGAAGUUCUUGUUACAGCUGAGCCGUGUUGUCUGUUGGCCUUAGGAGCCUUUCCUUCUUUGAUACGGAUAGAACAAUGCUGACCUACCUUACAGGGUUGUUGUAAGGAUGAUUGAGAUAAUGUAUGUUGAGUGCUUUGAGCACUUUGGAAAAGCGCUUUAUAAAUACUAAGUAUUAUUA